AUGAACCUAUUGGAGCCAACUGGGUGGCAAGGUUCUCUACAGGAAAAGAUCACUAAAUACAAUAUUGAACCUGGGAAUAUCUACAACUUCGAUGAAAAAGGAUUCCUAUUGGGCUUCAUCCACACCCUCAAGCGUAUUGUAUCAAUUAAUGCGCUCAAAUCCGGCCGUACAAUAGGUGCCAGCCAGGAUGGCAGCCGCGAAUUCAUUACACUACUUGCCUCAAUUUGCGCCGAUGGAACCUCACUCCCACCUGCUCUCAUAUAUCAAGGGGAAUCAAGGGAUAUGCAAGAUACUUGGCUGGAAGAUUUUGAUAGCAAAAAGGAUCAGGUCUACUUUGCUGCUUCAGAGAAUGGAUGGAGCAAUGAUGAAUAUGGGUUAAUGUGGUUAAAGAAGAUCUUUGAACCUCAUACAAAAAAGAAAGCAGGGCGUGGAUACAGGCUUCUUAUAUUAGAUGGCCACUCAUCCCAUGUUAAUAUGGCAUUCAUCAAUUACGCGGCUCAGCAUAAUGAUUUUACUUGCUGUCUUUCCUCCCCACUCUACACACCGAUUACAACCGCUAGAUGUUGGGAUAUUUGGACCAUUGAGCAAAUCAUAUUCUAA